CCCUAUAAUUUGAAUGUGAUGUUCUAAAAUGGCUGUCUGAAAACCAUAGUAACCUGUGUAAUCGGUGAGCGCGUAUCUAAUACAUUUUCGCGCUCCCGUACGACAGAAUCUGCCUGUACUCCACUCUGUAAAGGCAGACACUUCCGGGACAGACUCUAAGACUGACAGAAAGCUCUACUUUCCUCUGUAGGCGCAGUCAUGCCGAUCACCGUGAAAGAUUACACCUGGGAGGAAACCGAGACUUCGGUGUUCAUCACAGUCCCUCUCAAGGGGGUACAGGCGAAGAAAACAGACAUAUUCUCCACCGACAAGUACAUCAAGGUCAACUACCCUCCCUACCUUUUCGAGGUUGACCUGUUUGCCCCCGUGGUGGACGAUAAAAGUACGGCUCAGGUGGGCAAUGGAACAGUCGUCUUCAAGCUCGUCAAGAAAGACCCUGGGAUCUGGACACAGCUUGCAGCAUCUAGUGCUGGUGACAAGAAAGCUCUGAUAGAGAAGAGAGAGAAGGAGAUUGAAAAGGCACAGCAGAGAGCAGAGGAACAGAAGAAAGCUGCCGCAGAACGGAAGAGGCAGGAACAGAAGUAUGCACUUCGCGAGCAAAUGAGACUAGAGGAAGAGGAAAGAACAAGAGUUGAAAAUACGAAGAAGGCUGAGCGUGAGCUGGCAAUGACUGAGCUGGAAACAUGGAAAAUGCAGCAAGUUCAGAAUGAAAUUGCUAAGAGUAACGAGGAGAAAAUCAAGUUUGAAAAACUAGAGCAAAGAAUCGAACUGGCUGAAGAGGAAGAAAAGAAGCCACAAGGAAAGACACAUAAAACAGAGGAGAUUGAACCUGCCAAAAAGAAGUCUGAAGCCACCCAAAAGAAGUCUGAACCUGCUAAAAAGAAAACAGAAGCUGAUAAGAAGAAGUCUUCCAUGUUUGAUGAUGAUGACGCCAACAUGCCGGCCAUCAGGUCAAAAGGAAAAAUCGAGGUGACCUUUACGCCAAGGGUGUUCCCAACACCUGUGAGGGAGUCCAAGCUCCACGAGGAGGAGGAAUGGCUGAAGAAGCAGGCAGAAGCCAUGCGGGCUGCGGAGAUUGACGAUCCAAACUUGAGCGAGGAAGAGAAAAACCCUCUGUGGCUGAAGGAAAAGGGAGACGGGUUCUACAAGUCUGGAAACAUCCUUGCUGCCGUGAAUGCAUAUUCACAGGCCAUCCGCAUGGACAGUAAGAUGCCCGCUCUCUAUUCCAACAGGGCGGCCUGCCAUCUCCAGAUCAGGAACUUUCACAAAGCUGCACAGGACAGCUCGCGGGCGCUGGAGCUGCUGACUCCUCCUGUACCUGCGAACGCAGCGGCCAGGUGUAAGGCCCACGUGAGGAGAGGCACGUCCCUCUGUGAGCUGGAGAUGUACGUGGAAGGUCUGAUGGACUAUGAGGCAGCGCUGAAGAUAGACCCCAAGAAUGAAACUCUCGCACAGGAUGCCGAGAGAAUUCGCCAAAUCAUACAGGGUAGCACAGACAAUAAUGGUAAUGAUGCAUUAGAGUCAUUAGAUUAGGACUGAAACAUUUUGUUUGGUUGUUGACCCUUGUACAGAUAUGGUUUGUGAACCAAAAUCUUUGAUAAACUACCAGCAAAAUAAGUUUGAUUCAGAUAUUCAGAUAUCUUUUUUCUUACUUUGCAACACAUUCAAAAAUUUUUGACCAGUAUAGAAUUACAUGUCAAUUACACGUAAUAAUUAGGAUGAUGUUCUACAUUAUGGCAUUCCAAUGUUUUGUACGAAUCCGUGUCAAUAAAAGAUAUUCCAGCUAGUUGAAGUAUUAACAUUUGUUGUACGAUUUCAAGUUGUGAACUACACAUAAUGCUUGCUAGAAUUGCAGGACCUCAUAGAUGGCUUUACAUGAGAAAUGGUCUAAUGAGAUAUCUGUUAUGUAUUGUAUGUGACAAUCAAUGUGCUGCCAGAGAAAUGUGUAGAAAAUGUUUAGGUAAAAAUUUUGUGAAUGGAUUUGUUUAUUGGAGGAUUGCUUUUCAUACCAGUUUGAACAUUAAAGGUAAAUUUUCUCAACUCCUGAGUGAUGAUGUAU